GCUCGGGCCCCGCGGCCGCCUUUAUAAGGCCGCGGGGGGAGGUGGCCCGGGCAGCGUCGCGCUCCCGCCACUCCGCGCCGUCGGCCGCAGCUCGCUGGUCCCGCGCCCCUCGUGCCGGGGCAGACCCUCGCCCACGAGGUCCGCGCAGGAUCGGAACAUCAGCUAACAGCUGACCUCAGCCAGCCACUGCCACCCAGCCACCCCUGCUGCAUCUCGGCUCCCAGGAGGAAGCAGGUCUUGGUGCACCAUGAUUUCACCGUUCUUAGUACUGGCCGUUGGUACCUGUCUUGCCAGCGCCUUCGUGCCAGAGAAAGAGAAGGACCCCAAGUACUGGCGGGACCAAGCUCAGCAGACCCUGAAAAACGCUCUGGGGCUUCAGAAGCUCAAUACCAAGGUGGCGAAGAACAUCAUCAUGUUCCUGGGGGAUGGGAUGGGGGUGUCCACCGUGACGGCGGCCCGCAUCCUCAAGGGUCAGCUCCAUCACCACACCGGGGAGGAGACCAGGCUGGAGAUGGACAAGUUCCCCUUUGUUGCCCUCUCCAAGACAUACAACACCAACGCACAAGUCCCCGAUAGCGCGGGCACUGCCACCGCUUACCUGUGCGGGGUGAAGGCCAAUGAGGGCACUGUGGGGGUGAGUGCGGCCACCCAGCGCUCCCAGUGCAACACCACACAGGGCAACGAGGUCACCUCUAUCCUGCGAUGGGCCAGGGACGCUGGGAAGUCUGUGGGCAUCGUGACCACCACGCGAGUGAACCAUGCCACCCCCAGUGCUGCUUAUGCCCACUCUGCUGAUCGGGACUGGUACUCGGACAAUGAGAUGCCCCCGGAGGCCCUGAGCCAGGGCUGUAAGGACAUCGCCUACCAGCUUAUGCACAACAUCAGGGACAUUGACGUGAUCAUGGGAGGUGGCCGCAAGUACAUGUUUCCCAAAAAUAGAACCGACGUGGAGUAUGAGAUGGAUGAGAAGGCCAGGGGCACGAGGCUGGAUGGCCUGGACCUCGUUGACACCUGGAAGACCUUCAAGCCCAGGCACAAGCACUCCCACUAUGUCUGGAACCGCACCGAACUCCUGGCCCUUGACCCCUAUUCCGUGGACUACCUCUUGGGUCUCUUUGAGCCAGGGGACAUGCAGUACGAGCUGAACAGAAACAACAUCACUGACCCGUCGCUCUCCGAGAUGGUGGAGGUGGCCAUCAAGAUCCUGAAGAAGAACCCAAGGGGCUUUUUCCUUUUGGUGGAAGGCGGCAGGAUUGACCAUGGGCACCAUGAGGGCAAGGCCAAGCAGGCGCUUCAUGAAGCCGUGGAGAUGGACCGGGCCAUCGGGAAGGCUGGCACCAUGACCUCACUGGACGACACUCUGACCGUGGUCACCGCUGACCACUCCCAUGUCUUCACCUUCGGGGGAUACACGCCCCGUGGCAACUCUAUCUUUGGCCUGGCCCCCAUGGUGAGCGACACAGACAAGAAGCCCUUCACAGCCAUCCUGUACGGCAACGGACCAGGCUACAAGGUGGUGGGCGGGGAGCGAGAGAAUGUCUCUAUGGUGGACUAUGCUCACAACAACUACCAGGCCCAGUCUGCUGUGCCCCUGCGCCACGAGACCCACGGUGGGGAGGACGUGGCUGUGUUUGCCAAGGGUCCCAUGGCGCACCUGCUGCACGGCGUACACGAGCAGAACUACAUCCCCCACGUGAUGGCGUAUGCGGCCUGCAUCGGUGCCAACCUGGACCACUGUGCCUGGGCCAGCUCUGCGGGCGGCCUCGUCCCAGGCACCCUGCUUGUCCCGCUGACCCUCCUCCCCUUGAGCAUCCUGUUCUGAGGGCCCACAGCCCUGGGCACCCACGAGCCCAAGACAGAAGCAGCCGCCUCCUCCGGUGCUGUCCACUGCCCAGCAGCCCACACCUCAAGGGGCAGGGAGGCCUAGGCCUCUACUGCCUCUGUGACUGCCAGAAAGGGGACCCAGGAACCAAAGUCUGCCACCUGCCUCACCCCCUUUCUGGGGUCUUCAAGGGGCCACUCCUGGCCUCCACUCUCUGCCCGCUCCCCUCUCCUCUGCCCUUUGGGCAGAGAGCACAAACAGCAGAGGCAUCUUAUUUUUCUAGCAAACACACUUCUUCUGGCCCAGAAGCCCUGGAGCCUCCAUGGAACGUUCUGGAUCCGACUUCGCAUUCCCCUGGAGCCCCCUGGGCCCGGUCAUGCCCAUGGCCCUGUGCCCAAGCCCUGUCCCCUGCAGGGGUGCACCCAGGGCUCCGCCAAGGCUGCCCAGCGCUCCCAGGAAGCCACCUCCCAGGGCUGGCACCUACCCCAGGGCGGCUGGGCUGGAAAGACCCACCCGGUGGGGCACCCACCGCGCCCAGCCACAAACACAAGGGCCAGCUCCUCUCUGAAGCGACUCUCCUGUUUGAAAUGGCAAAGAAAAAAAAAAUUUUUUUUUCUCUUUGGUGCUGGUUCAAAGGGAACAACAAAACAUUUAAAUAAAACUUUCCAAAUAUUUCUGAGGA